AUGGCACCCCACAAAGCCGGACACGGUGAUGUCUGCUUCUCUGGACGGAACGUGCCGUAUUUGGGAUCUAAACGGCACUCUAUCGUUCAACGAGCUCGAAUCGGACCGUGUCUUCCAAGUGAAGAACAAGCGUGGUCUUCGCACGAGCAUUACCAGCGGGAUCUACAACCAGGACGGGAACCAAAUCCUUCUGGGAUGCAUCGAAGGCGGGAUCGUGCUCUACGACGAGCGCAACCGCCUCUCUCGCGCAGUGUCCUCGAACUUCACGACGCACAGCAGCCAAGUGGUGGAUCUUCGCCUCCACCCGUCGGGCCAAGUCUUCACUUCCCGCGCCAUGGACAGCACCGUCUGUCUCUGGGACCUCCGCAACAUCAAGUCGCCGCUGAAGCGAUUCAAGAACGCGAACACCUUCGGGAACGGCUGCAAUGUCGCGUUCUCGCCCGACGGCAAGCUGAUGGCCUUCGCGAUCCCCGCGGAUCUCCAGACCGACGCCACCUCGCUCCUCAACAUCUACGACGUUUUCGACAGCACGCUCAAGCCGCUCUAUUCGCACGCGUUCCCGCGGGGAUCGACGCCGUUCUCGGUGCUGUGGCACCCGAAGCUGAACCAGAUAAUCGCGGGGAUGCACAGUGGGGAAGUGGUGUGUCUGUACGAUCCGGCGUUCAGCGUGCGCGGCGCGGUGAUGGUGGAGGGCCGGACGGUGGGCGCGAGGCGGCGGAGUGA